UGCCAUUGCAGCCUGCGACCCGCGGGCUCCCGGGGACGGGUCCCUUCGCCCAAUGGGGCACGGCUGCCAGCAGCCUGCGGCGGCGGAAAGGCGUUACCCCGGCCGGGGCCGGGCCGCCUGCGAACCGAGUGGGCCCGCCAUGGCGGCGGCGCGGCCGGCGCUGGCUCGGGCCCUACUGCAGCAGUGCGUGUCCGCCCGGCUGCAGGUGAAGCCGCCCGAGCGCGGCUCCGAGGCCGAGUGGGUGGAGAUCCAGAGAGGGCUGGUUAUCUACAUAUGCUUCUUCAAAGAUGCUGAUGAGGAUCUUGUUCCAAAAAUUGUCAACACGCUGUUGAAUGUUAAACUAAGUGAAAAUGAAAGUGGCGAGUACGUUUCUGUUAUUGAUUUACCAGGCGAUGUGCUAAUUAUACCACAAGCUACCCUAGGUGGCAAACCAAAGGGAAGAAAGAUGCAGUACCAUGCAAACAUUGAAAAAGAAAAGGGGCUGGAACUUUAUUCUCAGUUUGUGACUCUGUGUGAAAAAGAACUGGCAGCCCAUGCCAAAUGCAUGGAAGCAGGUGUUCUUGUCAAGCACGGCACAUACGGGAACAGGCAGGUGUUAAAACUGGAUACAAAUGGACCUUACACUCAUCUGAUUGAAUUUUGAAAAAAUAAAUUAUAUCCUGGAUACAGGACUGGCUUGCAACUCUUGUCUUUUUAUUUUCUUUUUUAAUUUUUUUUUUUUCAUGUCUAAGCAUUAAUGUACUUAAAUGGUUUGGGAGAUGUGGUGUAAGAAAGACUUGUACUCAUCUGUACUGACAUUACUCAUCCCAUUAAAUAGAAGGACACCUGAGACUGAG